UUUUAUAUCAAAUAAUUGCAAUAAUAAUAUGUAUAAUAAUAAUCAUCGAUGAGAUUGAUUUAGCUGAUGGCCAACAGUUUAACACACCGCCGCCCAAUCGGGUUUUCUAUGAACAAUGGGGUCACUAUCAUAACUACGACCCCCGUAAUCGGCCACUCGAGUCGGAUCGGGGCGGCGGCUAUCGUAAACAUUACGAUGGCUAUCAAUACGGUGUAACACCUGAUCCGAGCCGUAGACGACUGAUUGAAGAUCCGGGAGAUUUGCGCUGUAAGGAGGCGUUACGCGAGGGUUUGGACGAGUUUGUAACAGUUAAUACACUGUACGGCAAUGUUGUCGGCCGUAUUGUCUACCUAUGCGACGGUCCGGGUCGAUCGGUACGCGAGAGGCCAUUGCCGGCUAAACUAAAACUACGCGAAAAACAAAUGGGAUCACCUAAUCGGUACAAUCCUAUCAGGUCGUUCUGGAAAAAUGUGACCACUUUUCUGGGCAUACCCUAUGCCAGGCCACCGAUACGCGAGUAUAAUCUAAGAUUUCAGCCGCCAUCGCCGCCAACUCCGUGGGGCAGUAUAUUUGCGGACAGGUAUCAAAAUUCGUGUCCCCAAUAUAUUACACAUAUUGGCAAAGAUCUGGGUAUACCAGUUACCGAUGAAGAUUGUCUCUAUUUGAACAUAUUUACACCGUGGGCUAUGUCCCGGGUACGCGACCCCUAUCCGGUUAUGAUGUAUAUUCACGGAGGCUUUUUUGAUCACGGAUCGGGUAAUACGUUUGCCGGCCAUAUGUUGGCCGCCUCUCAGGAAGUGGUUGUCGUUACCUUCAACUAUCGUUUAGGACUUUUAGGAUAUUUGGCAACUGCUGACAACGCAUCGGCCGGUAAUUUCGGACUAAUGGAUCAAAUUCAGGCCAUCAAUUGGGUACGGGAUAAUAUACGCAAUUUUAAUGGCGAUCCCGACCGGAUUACACUGUUCGGACCGGAUGCCGGUGCCGCCAGCGCCGGCCUAUUGGCCAUAUCUCCUAUUACCAGAAGAUACAUAAAGCGAGUGAUAGCCCAAAGCGGUUCGCCAGUAGCCGACUGGGCCUUCAUUAGGGAUCCGUUAUUCAUGCGUAACACCAGUGUUGUGGCCGGUUAUGCGUUCGGCUGCCGAACCAGACAUACCUACAAUCUGGUUGAAUGUUUGAAAAGCCGCAGUGCUAUUGAUUUUACUACUACUCAAGUUAAGCCUGAUGUUGGUUGGCUAGCUUGGGCACCGGUAGUCGAUCAGUUUACACGCGAACGUGGCUAUCAAACAAUACCGGAUAUACCCGAAAAUUUAUUGCACGAAAAUCGGGUAGAAUUUGAUCCCGAAUUUGCUUAUAUGACAGGAGUUACCAGAGAUGAAGGAUCAAAAUUUCUUUUCGCCGAUGAAGAACUUAAACUCCGAAAUUAUGUGGUCGACGCCGACUAUGUCCACAAAAAAAUUGCCGAUUAUGUCCGCAUCUAUAACUAUACACUGGAUCAGGAUGCAGUGGUCAGGGCCAUCAAAUUUAUGUACAGUCCGUGGUCGGAUCCAAACAAUCUGACACUUAUCAGACAGGGAUAUAUUGAUAUGUUAACCGAUUCGUGGUUUACCGCUGCCAACGAUAAGAUGGUCAAACUGAUGCUCCAAAAUAAUGUCCGAACCUAUAUGUAUGUAUUGAACUAUACCAUCGAAGGCUUGAACCUACCCGAUUGGAUCGGUGUACCUCACGAUACCGAAUAUCUUCUGGCCACUGGUGCACCGUUUAUGGACUCCCGAUUUCAUCCGUCAUCCCUUCAACUGGAUCAGGCAGUCUGGACGGAAGCCGACCGCAAUAUGAGCCAAUUGAUUAUGGAAUCAUGGGCCAACUUUGCCCGCUACCCGAACUGCCGACUACCGCACGAUUCACUGAGACCACCGUUACAACCGCCACCGCCGCCAAUACCGGCCGAAAACCUGGACAACUUGCGGCGUGUGUCGCCCGCUAACUGGUGCGGUCCGACACCGUUUGCAUUGUUCAAUACAAUACUAUGGGAACCGAUGAACCAGAAAAAUCUCCAAUACCUGUCCAUCAAUUCGACUAACUAUACCGGCUAUUGGCAGACAACUACCUGGGAAAACAAUCAACUGUCCAAUAUUAACCUGAAUGCCUGGAGUACGUCGGUUAUGUGGCGCGACUACAAACAAAAGGCCAGCCAAUUCUGGAACCAUUAUAUGCCGUCGAUUGUCGACCGGGUGCCGCCCACUUGGCCGCCAACCUACGAGCCGUACGAAAUUGAGCUACGCCUGUAUCGGUCGGCCACUUGGUCGGUAUUGGCCGCUCUGGUCGUACUACUGGUGCUCGUAUUUUUGUGUUCAUGUCUCUACUGUCGGGCUAAAAGUGACCGAUACGGUGACGCCGGUAUCGACGAGUACAUACAUAUACCCGAUAUAGCAACUAUGGGUACACAGUAUAGCGCACCGUCUACUAGAGUCAACUCGGAAAUCAAUUUAAGUUUUCAUCCGAAAUCUGAAUAUCCGCGAUCAAAGUUCCGAUCAAAUGAUAAGAUUUAUGUGGCCAGAGAUAAACAUACGCAGGUCUGAAUAUUACCGCACACUGACCACUGGCCAGGAAAGGUAUAUUCCCGAUAACAAACAAAAAAACUUAUACCUCAACAAUGCGCUCAACACACACUUAGUAUUAUAUAAAUAUUAUAGUUUAUAUAUAUA